AUGAAUGAUUUCGCGAAAUUUUCCGAACCGUCUCUUCCAUUACAAAAGGAAUUUUACAGUAGUUUGACAGACGAGGAUAUUACGGACGAAGAUUAUAUACACGCACGAAAAGUAUGGGAGUCGUUCGAUAUAAAAACCAUGCGGGAAUAUCACGAUCUCUAUUUAAAAGUGGACGUGUUAUUACUGGCGGAUAUUAUGGAAAGAUUUCGCGAGAUCUGUAUGGGGAAUUACAAGUUGGAUCCUGCAUGGUAUUAUACGUCGCCGGGAUUGGCAUGGGAUGCGUGUCUGAAAAUGACACGUAUCCGUCUGGAUUUAGUUUCCGAUCCGAUCAAGUUUAAUUUUAUCGAAAAGGCAAAACGUGGUGGAAUUUGUAUGAUCAGUAAAAGAUACGCCUCCGCCAAUAACAAGUAUGUGAAAAAUUUCGAUCCGGGAGGGAAAAGUACAUUUUUACCUUACUGGGAUGCAAACAAUCUAUACGGCUGGGCCAUGUGUGAAAAACUUCCGUACGGGAAUUUUGAAUGGAUGAAUUUAGAUCAGUUGAAAAACUGGGACAGUCUUCCAAAUGGAAAAGGUUGUUAUGUCGAAGUGGAUUUAAAAUCUGCAUAAUGGCGGACGGCAGCAAAAUUUUAAACUCGCCUACAGUAAGGAAUUUUAGUCUUGAUCGUGUUGAUAUACUCUCAAUAAAAUUGCUAAACAUUAAUACACACUUAGUCUAUGAUGGUACACGUAUAAAGUGGUCAAAUGAUCUGAUAUCUCUGAAGAAUUUUACCGAAAAUGUUGUCGGUUUGGUUGGUUGCUGGAGGUCGCCCGGUGGCAAAUCUAAACAGUUUGUAAGCAAUGACCUAGAUCUGACAAUGACUUGGCACCCAGGUAAGCAAAAUUCUUUGCUGUUCAGCGGGAAGGACGGUGAAUCCUUAAAGAAAUUAUUGAUAAGUACUUUGAACACGCCAAGUGAUACUACACAUAAAAUACCGGACGAGCCAAAAUCAUCGACAGGAGAAUCGCGUGACAUUGGCAAAAUUACUAAUUCUAGUGAAUGCCCAAGCCAGUCUAUAGCUGAAAUAAAAGCGAUUAAGGAUAAAAUUGACGGUGUAUUUGUGAUUGUAAACAAGCUUUGUUAUUCUACAACUAGAUUACUAAAUGAAUUUUCUGCAAUUCUCGCCAGAAAGGAUCUUCACGAUUCCACUACCCAAUCUGAUUUCGAAGUACAUAACAAUGUCGGAUUAAAUAUAGCUGAUGCCACAAACGCGAUAGAUAACCAGUGUACAUACACGCUUAGUGGUUUAUCGACCGAAAUUGAAGGUCUCAAACUAAACAUCAUAAUCACAGAAUCAAAUAUUUUAAGCAAAGUUCAGUCUAACAAUCAAGCGAUUGAGCAAAUUCGUCACGACCUAGCCUCAAUCAAAAGCCAUCAGAGUAAAAGUAACUUCAUUUCAGACAAUAAUACUGUCCCAAUUACAAAUUCUGAAUCAAUUAAUGUUGGACCUACAGCUAACUCAACCAAGAUUGAUAGUACUGCCACGAUUCCCAUAUGUAAACAUGGUUCAAAUCAGUCUUGUGCUCAAUUACGGUCAACCGUAAUCUGCCAACAAAAUACCAACCCUCCCGGAGUAGCCCAGUUUUGUUCUGUUAGUAGUAACAAGCCAAAUAACAAGUUAACGCUCCAGGCCUACCCUAAUUCUAACAAACACGUUACCCAGCAAAUCGAAGGUGCACCAGCAAUAAAUAAAGGUCAACAGAAUCAUUAUAAAGUAUGCAAAUCCACCUCCGACCAUAAAUUAGAAACUCCCAAGGCCAAUCCUGAAGUAAUUAAAAUUGGAUCGACUGCUAACACAACAAAACCCCUUAGCGUAGGCGCUGGUUCUGCUAAACAUGAAUCAAAGCUGUAUUACGCUCAUCAUUACAACUUAGUCAGUCCUGUAAAACAAAGUAAUUCCCAUCAACAUUCCCAAGCUGUUUUUCGCCCACAAUCAAAUGUCAGUUGUGUGAAGCCAAAACCAAGAAAUAAACAGAAUGUACAACAUAUUUCAAACCUUAGUUGUGCUAAUACUGGCGAAAGUCAGCCGGCACCAAGUGGGACUGGAUCUUUGAAAUGGUUGGCCCGCCUACCUCUGGUUGAAACGCUUAACGCGACAGUUAGUAACCCCAUGCAUACAUGUCGAAGUGGGGCCGAACCCCUUGAUUGGAUAGGACGGUUGCCCCUACUUGUUAAUUACUCGACACAUGCGCCUCGCUCACGCCAGACUCAAAGGAAUGAAACAGGAAAGAUGAACCGGCAUACGUUUUUUCGGUCGCGAUUCAGCCAGCAGGCAGACUGGUUGAAUUACCUGGAGUUUGUCCGUCGCACAUUGCAAUAAACUUGGAGAUCCCUCUCGCAGCUAGUAACGACACUAUAAUCACACCAGAACGAAACACUAUACCA